AUGGAAACAUGUGAAAACGAUGAACUACGGGAUUAUUAUGUUAAAUCAGCUCUUCAUAUACGCGAACAAAUUAGAUUAUUAGAACUUCAAAAAGAAAAACUGAUCGAUUUACAUUCGGCUGCAGAAAUACAAUCUUUAUCAAUCAAAGUUUUUUAUCUAUUACAAGAAAAAACAAAGGAUGAGCAACAAGACUUCAAAAAUAAAUUGAUUUUAUAUUAUGAAUGUGGUUCCACGAAUACGAAAACAAUCAAAUGUAUGAUUAUGAAUAAAUACUUCGAUAGAGGCCUCGUACGUGCAGCUCCUAUUUGGAAAGCAGCCACUCACGGAGUUGGGCUAACUGAAUUUCGGUUGGAAGAGGCGGACGUGAAUAAUGAACGAAAUGGUCUUUUAUUAUUCGAAUCGGUAGAAAAAGCAUUUGAUUCUAAAAAUACUUUGCUUCAUUUAUGA